AUGGCUAGUACUAAUACCGAUAGGGUCAAUUCGAAUUUAUUCGAGACGUUCGGCAAUAAAUUGAAUACAGUUCGGUCGAAUCGCUCAUUAGUUGCUGCCAAUCAACAGCUUCGAAUUCAGCUCGCAUUCUCCAAAGCAGAGAUCAGCCGAUUACAAAAUGAAAUCGUUGACUUGCAGAGACGAAUUGCAGGAUUGGAAUCAACGAAUGAUGAAGAACGCAUCGAAAUGAUUGUAAGGAAACGACUACAGCAAAGAGUGCAGCAUUUGAAAUCUAUAGCUAGCCGUACUGUGCAAUAUAUGAAGAAAACAAAAGAAGAUUUUGAUCACGCAGCAAAUCGCCUCGAUCACGCUCUGUUGUGCAGUAAUUUCAAUGGGGAUGACGUUUGUAAAGGCGAAUGCAGUCAGAGUGUUGUAGUACCAUCUACUUGCGAAACAGAAAACGAAAUUACUGGACGUCGUGUGCAGCGACCACCUGUUCUUGAAGCUGUGGAGGAAGAUAUUUACGGUGAAAAGGACGGAAAUGAAGACAUUAUUUCCAGUAGAGGUCUAAUCAUGCCUGUAAGCAAUGAUGGAUUUGAGCCAACGCCAGACGGUCACAAAUCUAACCGUAACAGUCGACGACAAACUUUUUUUAUUAAAAAAGAGCCUCAUGAAUUUGAAAAUGACGUCGAAGCUUCUUUUGUUGAAGUAUCUUUUCCUAAAACGAAUCAGACAAUUUCACCUUUCUUAAUUCAGAACGAUGAAGAUUCGUCCACUGCUGUUGUUCUGACGGAACAUAUAACCCCUACUAUAGUCCCUGCACGUGGUUCACUCACAACAUUUCCUGAACUUAAAACAUCUACUGAGAAGAUUUCAUCUUUCUCACCUCAGAACCAUAAAGAUCCACUAGCUGUUACUGUUAUGAUGGGACCUAUGACGCCUUCCACGAUCUCUAUACCUAAAAUUACCACCACACUCCCUAAACCUGAAACACCAACUACUCACUCUAGAUCAAAACUUUGUAUAUCGAAGGCAAUGCAUGAUGAAAAUACACCAGCGAAAAGCAACCAGAUCGAGGAGUCGAAAGUUGUAAUGCAUGCCAGAAAGAAAAGGAAGAUUUUAACUAGUGAACCAAGAAAAUGUAAAAUGAGCUUGGAAAAUAAUACAGAGAUUACGGAAGAAAUCAAGAUUCUGACAACUCCAACAUCUACACCAUCCACUUCUAUUCUGAGCGUAGCAAAUUUAAAUGAAAGUGUCCGAUAUAAACGUGCUGCAGCAGCGAAGAUAUCAUCUUUCAAGGAACCAAACUUAGUAACUAAAAUGCGCAAUCCAAAUGUUAAUUGA